AUGUACCCGCAAAACGCGCAGUCGGGUUGUGGAAGAGAAACAGUAGCUACACUGCUGAAGGCCGAGCUGGAGCGACAGUCAGCUGGAUGUCAGGCCAAACUAUUCCCCUUUCAAUAUAUUUUGUGUGCAGCCACUUCUCCAGCUGUCACACUGCAUGAAGAAACUCUCACCUACCUCAACCAGGGUCAGUCCUACGAAAUCCGUAUGCUUAACCGAAAUCUGUUGGAGUGUGCACAUUUAAGCAGCAAGUGGGUGAAGAGUCUCAGCAUUGUCCGUGUGGUGUUUCAUGAUCGGCGCCUGCAAUACAGCGAGUACCAACAGUUGGAGGGAUGGAGCUGGAACCGGCCAGGAGACAGAAUUCUGGAUCUUGAUACUACCCUCUCUGUGGGGAUAAUAGAGUCUCAAGCUAAUCCACUGCAGCUGAACACUGUUGAGUUCCUCUGGGAUCCUAUCAAAAAUGCUUCAAUAUUCAUUCAAGUAAACUGUAUUAGCACGGAGUUUACACUCAGGAAACAUGGUGGAGAGAAGGGAGUUCCCUUCCGGAUUCAGGUCGAUACUUUCAUACAGAACGAGCAUGGAGAAUACCUGGAGCAUGUGCACUCUUCCAGCUGCCAAAUCAAAGUGUUCAAGCCAAAAGGAGCAAAUCGUAGGCUGAAGACAGACAGAGAGAAAAUUGAGAAAAAGAGUCUUCAAGACAGAGAAAAAUAUCAACAAUCCUUUGAAACUACUAUACUUACUGAGUGUUCUCCCUGGCCUGAUAGUCCAUCCAUCAGCAGUCUAAGCAGCAGUCUGUCUCCUGUGUGCCAUAUCUCAGCUUCUCACAACUUCAAGGAUGGACACUGCUCUCUGAACCAGUGGAAGGAGCUACUCCUGCCCAGCUGCUCUGCUCAGCUUGUGCCCUCACUGUCCCCUCAGGAAGCACAGGAAUGGCUCCACCGGAACAGGUUCUCAUCUUUCUGUAGGCUUUUCUCCAACUUCACAGGUGCUGAUUUGGUUAAGAUGAGCCGAAAUGACUUUGUUCAGAUCUGCGGUCCUGCUGAUGGGAUCCGCCUGUUUAAUGCCAUUAAAGGGAGGUGUAUCCAGCCACGCCUCACAGUGUACGUUUCCCUACAGAAGCACAAAAAUCAGCCAAACAGCAAAUCAUGCAAUGAUGAUGUAUACCAUGCCUUGUCCUUGGAGCACUUAACUCUGCUUGAGCUCACUGAGAAGAUAGCGGGUCUAUACAGUGUUCCAGUACAGCAAAUCUGCCAUGUUUACAGACUAGGACCAAUGGGGAUAUACGUCCUGGUUUCAGAUGAGAUGGUGAAGAAUUUCACAGAUGAAACAAGAUUCAUAAUAAGUGCUCUAAAAGUGAUGAUGGAUGAAAGUAAUGAGGGGUACCAUGUUCUACUGAAAUGA